AUGGAUAACCUGCAGAAUUGUGAUAUAGACUUUAAUUUUUCCCCCAUGGACCCAGAUACGGAGACAGAGAUCGCAACGAAGCACCUGCAGAACUUGAACAAGGAAUUAUUCUUCGACUCCAGUCCGAACGCAUUGGAAACUAGUCCGCCCAACAACUUAGCCUUGCUGCAAAACAUCGAAACCCAAACAGGAGUGGAAUACCUUCCAACGGAAGUUCAAAACUGCAUCGAAGUGGAAUCCACGAACGUCAUCAACAUCCCGGAGAGUCAGAUAGUGAAAAUACAAUUUCAAAGCGAGAACGGUAUAGUAAACACUGAGUAUAUAGUCAACGAAGAGAUACUUCAAACGCAACUGACCAACCAGAACUUCAUAGACCUCAAGGAGGAGUCAGCUACGGAAAACCUGCAACAGAAUCCGAUGCACUCCGCCAUGCUCAGUCCUCAGAGCGAGCACGACGAACAGAACGAAACGGAUCUAACGAGUCUGAACUGGUUGCACAACAUUACCAAUAUAAUGUCGGUUCCUAACCUGCCCACACCUCCAGUGUCGCCCUCCCCCAAGCCUAAAGUCAGGAAGAGUACCAACAGCAGUCAGGAGGAUUUGACUAUAAACAUCAACUACUACAAGAAGAACGGGGAGAAGAAACCGCCGUUUUCCUACGCCACCUUGAUCUGUAUGGCGAUGGGGAAGAACGGGAACAAAAUGACGCUCUCGGCCAUCUACCACUGGAUCAGGGAGAACUUUUUGUAUUACAGGAAAGCGCAUCCCAGUUGGCAG